AUGGCGGAACGAGUGGCCGUAGUCACCGGUGCGAAUAAGGGCAUAGGCUUCUCCAUCGUCAAGGGGCUUUGCAACAGGUUCCGGGGGGUGGUGUACCUGACGUCUAGGGACGUCGAACGCGGGAAGCGAGCCGCGGCCGAGCUGAACAAACUAGGCUUGUAUCCUGAGUACCGCCAACUCGACGUGGCCGAUCGCGACAGCGUCCUCCGUUUCCGCGAUUUCCUCAAGGAGGAACACGGGGGAAUCGACGUCCUGAUCAACAACGCGGCCGUCGCCAACUGCCGAGACCUUUACAACACGUACGAAGAGAACCGCUACAUCGUGGACAUCAAUUACAAGAGUAUUCUCACAAUGCAAGAGCUCAUUUUCCCGCUGGUGCGCGACGGUGGCAGAAUAGUGAAUAUUUCCAGCGACUGCGGCCACAUAUCGAACGUGAGGAACGAAUAUUGGCUCGAUGUUUUAUCGAAGAAGGACUUGACGGGGAAGGAGAUCGACGAUUUCGUUGAGUGUUUCUUGGAGUCCUGCAAGAAUAAUACGUUCAAGAGAGAAGAUUUCGCCGACAACGGGACUAUAGCGGCGUAUCGGGUCGCGAAGGUGGCGCUCAGCGCGUUGACUAUUUUGCAGCAAAAGCAGUUGGAGAAGAGGAAUAUAAGCGUGAACUCGAUGCAUCCGGGCCUCGUGCGUACGGACAUGACGGCCGGAGUCGGCUUCUACGACGCGGACGAAGCGGCAGAGACCCCGCUCUACUUGGCUCUAGACGCCCCAGACGAAUUACGAGGAGCGUACGUGUGGUACGACAGGAGGGCCCUGGACUGGUACGACCGCCAUGCUGACUACUUCUUCAAGACUUCGACGCUACAAGCGUAA